AGGAUCAAGAUGUUGCUUUUUACUGUAGUGAGUAAAUGUAGUCAGGACUGUUCUUGGGGUCUGAAAGUGUCUAGUGAAAGUUGCCAGGGGAUUAUUCUUUAUGAAUUAAUCAUCAGCACUCUAACAAACAGAUCAAGGAAUGGUCUGGUCCUGCAUGGUUGUUUCUUGACAAAAUUAACACCACACAACAUUGAAAGCAAGUUGAAUACAUUGGUACAGAAACUCCAUGACUUCUUGGCUCACUCGUCAGAAGAAUCUGAGGACGCAAACUCUCCUCCAGCAUUAUCUAAAACCAAAAGUAUAGGUAAAAGUAGGGAAUCUAAAGGAAGUCCAGCUUCAAUGGAGAACAAUAAGGACGAGGGAAGUAGUUCUUCGGAAAGAACCAAAUCCUUAGGAUCAUCCCGUUCCAAAAGGAAACCUACAGUUGUAACAAAAUAUGUUGGGUCAGACGAUGAACAAAUUGCAGAUGAAACUGUAAAUGAAGAUAUUUCAAAUGAGAACUCAGAGAAUGAUGUAGAUAUGCAAAGCUUGCCUAAAGGUACAGUGGUUGUACAGCCUGAGCCAGUGCUGAAUGAAGACAAAGAUGAUUUUAAAGGGCCUGAAUUUAGAAGCAGAAAUACCGUUAAAAUGAAACCUGAAGCUCCCAAAAAGCGUGGAGAAGAAGGACUCCAUGGAAUUGUGAGCUGUACAGCUUGUGGGCAGCAGGUGAACCAUUUUCAAAAGGAUUCAAUCUAUAGACACCCUACACUAAAAGUGCUUAUUUGUAAGACUUGCUACAAAUAUUACAUGAGUGAUGACAUCAGUCGUGAUUCAGAUGGGAUGGAUGAACAGUGUAGGUGGUGUGCUGAAGGUGGAAAUUUGAUUUGCUGUGACUUUUGCCAUAACGCCUUCUGUAAAAAGUGCAUUUUGCGCAACCUGGGCCGAAAGGAGCUCUCGACUAUCCUGGAUGAAAAUAACCAGUGGCACUGCUAUGUUUGCCAUCCAGAGCCUUUGUUGGACUUGGUCACUGCUUGUGAUAGUGUCUUUGAAAAUUUAGAACAGUUGCUUCAACAAAACAAAAAAAAGAUGAAAGUUGAAAAUGAAAAAAGUAAAAUAUAUGACCACACAGUCAAGUUUUCUCCAAAGAAAAAUAAUGCAAACUGUAAUGGGGAAGAAAAAAAAUUAGAUAAUUCAUAUUCAGGUUCACUAACAUAUUCUUAUAAAGCACUAAUGGUGCCAAAAGACUUGCUUAAGAAAACAAAAAAACUGAUUGAAACUACAACAAAUCUGAAUUCUAGCUUUGUAAGCUUUUUGAAAAAUGCUGCAGAAAAUGUAGAAAUAAGCCCAACUGUGCAACUGUGCCAGCUGAAAGCUUUUAAAUCUGUGCUGAGUGACAUGAAAAAAGCUCAUCUGUCACUAGAAGAAGGCCUGAACCUGGAGAUUCAAGCACUGAAUGUUAAAAUCAAAGAUAAAAAUACCAAAGAGAAAAAGCCAGAGGCUAGAUCAGAAAAAAAUGAGGUGAAAAAAGAUGAAGGAAAGGAACAUGUGGCAUUAAAAGAGGAUGACACCACACAGACACGGAAAAAAGUCGUGUCGGAGCGGCCUGACAAUGAGCCCAUGGAUCAAAGUGUUCCCUCAGUGGAACAGACAGAUAACAAGGCACCUCCUGGGGAGGAGAAGAAGUCUGGCAGAAAUGAAGAACCACAGUAUGAGCCCAAUAGCACAGAGGCUUUAGACAUGGAUAUCGUGUCCAUCCCCUCAUCCGUUCCUGAAGAUAUAUUUGAGACUCUGGAAUCUGCUAUGGAGAUUCAGAUGCCGUCAGAUGAGCAGGACAGUGGGAACGCAGCAGCAGAUCAUGAGACUCCAAAUUCAAAUACAAAAGUGAACACUCCUGUGAAAGAUACCAAAGGUGGUACCAAGCUAAAAUCGUCGGCUAAAGGAACAAAAGAGCUCAUUGUAAAAUUGACUCCUGUUUCCCUUUCUGAGUCCACAGUUAAAGGUGAAGGUCAAGACAGCAGCCUAGAAAAGGAGUGUAAAGAUGUUGAUGCAUCUAAAGAUGUUGAUGCAUCUAAAGAUGUUGAUGCAUCUAAAGAUGCUGAUGCAUCUAAAGAUGUUGAUGACUCUAAAGACGUUGAUGCAUCUCAACCUGGGGCAGCAAACUCUGAUUCUGGAAAACAAAACCACAGUGCUGGCAGCGAGCUCUCCACAGAGAACGACGCUGCGCCCAUGGAGGACUCGGAUCUCCGGAGGUCGCCCCGUGUCAAGACCACCCCUCUGAGGCGCCCCACGGACAUCAGCCCCCUGACAUCCAACUCAGAAGAGGACAGCAAUGACACGAGCAAUGAAAAACAGAAGGGGAAAGCAUCCAAGCAACCCAGGAGGAAAAACGAUACAAGAAAUACUUCUGACAGUGCUGCUGAUGGUCCCAGUCCCAACAAACUUUCCAAAUCCAAAAAGCCAUAUGACUUAGAUCACAGCUCGGACUCUGAUGAGGUGCCAGUUGUCCUUAAAGAAGCAGGAAUGAUGAGUCGCAGCUCCUCGGACAGUGAGAGCAACAGUGAAGCACCAGCAAAGAAUCAAAAGACUUCAGAUUUUCAAAAGAGUCAACCAGUGAAGGAUGAAAAUGGGAAACGAAAAAGGAAGAGUUCCAGUUCUGGUUCAGAUUUAGAUGCUAAAACAGGCAAAUCAGCUAAAAAUGCUGCUGCUGCUAAAAAGAAACGACAAAACUACUCUGAUUCUUCAAACUAUGAUUCUGAGUUGGAAAAAGAGAUACAAAUGUUGAGUAAAAUUGAGGCUGCAAAGAAAUCGAAGAAAAAAUUCUCAAGAAAAGAUGAUAGUUAUGAUUCCUCUGAUGAAGAGCAGAGGAAAAAAGUAAGCAGUAAGAGAAAGGUAAAUCUGAAGAAGAAGAGAGGUAAAUCUGAAGAAGACGAUGAUGAUGGUGAGAAGUCUUCUCCAGAGAAGGAAAUUAAUCACUCUUCUAAAGAUAAAAAAACAGGUAAGAGGUCAGCUGCUAAGGACAAGAAAAGCAGAGACUCAAAAGAAAAAUCUGCAAAGGGAAAAUGUGAUGAGUCAUCUGAUGCUGAGAAGUCUUCACUGGAAAAAGAGGAGAGUCCUGAAGUUAAGAAGAAGGAUUUGAAAAAGAAAAAGGCACAGGAUGAUUCUUCUUCUGAGAGUACUGAGAAAUCGGCAAAGAAAGAGCACAAGUUGGAAUCUUCAAAAGACAGACUCAAGAACAAAAAAGGAUCAGAAAGCAAAGCAAAGAAAUCUGAAAAAUUGAAAAAGAAAGGUUUCAAGAAAGAACAAGAUGAUUCCUCUUCUGAUCUUGAUAAGUCAUCUCCAGAGAAAGGAAGUAGCAAUUCUUCUGAAAAUGACAAAAUUAAAAAGGAACCCGUGUUUACAGAAAAGAGAAAAUUGAGAGAGAGAGUAGCUAAAAGAGUACACAUUGAUUUAUCCUCUGAUACUGAGAAAUCUCCCCAAAAAGAGGAGAGUUCUGAUGAUGAUGCCGUGCGGCGUAAGAAACGAACUGAAACGAAAGAAAAGAGGAAAAUAAGCCACAAAAAGAAGAUUUCCAAGAAAGAACAGAAUGACUCAUCCUCUUCUGAUGAGGAGUCUUACGAAGACACUAAGAAAAAGGUUAAAAGAGGAUCAGUAAAAGAAAGUAAAAAGAGCAACUUAAAAAAGAAAGUGGCAAAAAAGAAGGUGGUUGUCACUUCCUCUUCCCAGUCUGAUAAGGAGGAAAAUGAUGAUCAGAAUUCCACAGGCGAUGGAAGCAGCGACGAGCAGAAGAUCAGGCCCGUGACUGAAAGCUUGAUGCUGUCUGCUGACGCAGGAUUUUGUCAGUCAUCAGGAGAUGAGGGAGAUGCUCUAUCAAGGACUAUCCCAAUGGAGGAGGAGGAAGAUGAUGAUGAUGACGACCCUGAGAAUAGAAUUGCCAAGAAAAUGCUUUUAGAAGAAAUCAAAGCCAAUCUUUCCUCUGAUGAGGAUACGUCUUCAGAUGAGCAGCCGGAGGAAGGAAAGAAGAAACCUGCAAAGCAAACUGAAAACACAGGAGAUGAUGGAGAGAAGGAAAAGGAAGACAAGAAGUGUGAAAAGGAAGAACCUAAUUCUGAGUCAGAUUCAGAGGAGGAAGAAACAUCCAAGAAGCCCAGAUACAGACACAGACUGCUGAGGCAGAAGCUCACUGUGAGUGAUGGGGAGUCUGGAGAAGAAAAGAAGGUGGUGAAACCAAAAGACAAAAAAGAAGGGGGGAAGCGCAGAAAUAGAAGGAAAGUGAGCAGUGAUGACUCCAAUGACUCUGAGUUCCACGAGUCUGCAGUGAGUGAGGAGGUCAGUGAGUCUGAGGAUGACCAAAGGCCAAGGACAAGAUCUGCCAAAAAAGCUGAGGCAGAGGAAAACCAGCGCAGCUACAAACAGAAAAAGAAACGAAGGAGGAUAAAGGUUCAGGAGGAUUCAUCAAGUGAAAAUGAGAAUAAGAGUAACUCUGAGAAUGAGGACAAUGAUGACUCAAAAUCUCCUGGAAAAGGCAGGAAGAAGAUCAGGAAAAUUAUUAAAGAUGAUAAGCUUAGAACAGAAACACAAAAUGCACUUAAAGAAGAAGAAGAAAGAAGAAAACGUAUAGCAGAGAGAGAACGGGAGAGAGAGAAAUUGAGAGAGGUGAUAGAGAUUGAGGAUGCCUCACCUCUAAAAUGUCCCAUCACAACCAAGCUGGUUUUAGAUGAAGAUGAAGAAACCAAAGAACCCUUAGUGCAGGUUCACAGGAGUAUAGUGACCAGACUGAAACCACACCAAGUAGAUGGUGUUCAGUUCAUGUGGGAUUGCUGCUGUGAAUCUGUAAAAAAAACCAAGACAUCUCCUGGCUCUGGCUGCAUUCUUGCUCACUGUAUGGGCCUGGGAAAAACAUUACAGGUAGUAAGUUUUCUCCACACAGUCUUGCUGUGUGACAAACUGGACUUUCGGACAGGUCUGGUUGUGUGUCCACUCAACACUGCCUUGAACUGGCUGAAUGAGUUUGAAAAAUGGCAAGAAGGUUUAGAAGACGAGGAGAAACUAGAGGUCUAUGAGCUGGCAACUGUGAAGAGGCCUCAGGAGAGGAGCUACAUGCUGCAGCACUGGCAGGAUGAGGGAGGCGUGAUGAUCAUUGGCUACGAGAUGUAUCGAAACCUGGCACAAGGCAGGAAUGUGAAGAGUAGAAAACUUAAAGAAAUAUUUAAUAAAGCUUUAGUCGACCCAGGUCCCGACUUUGUGGUGUGUGAUGAAGGACACAUAUUGAAAAAUGAAGCAUCUGCUGUCUCCAAGGCAAUGAAUUCUAUUAAAUCUAGGAGAAGAAUAAUUCUGACAGGAACACCACUGCAGAAUAAUCUUAUAGAAUAUCACUGCAUGGUUAACUUCAUUAAGGAGAAUUUGCUUGGCUCAAUUAAGGAGUUCCGGAAUCGGUUCAUCAACCCCAUCCAGAACGGGCAGUGCGCAGACUCCACCCCCGUGGAUGUCAGGGUGAUGAAGAAACGUGCUCACAUCCUCUAUGAGAUGUUGGCUGGCUGUGUCCAGAGGAAGGAUUACACAGCAUUAACCAAGUUCCUGCCUCCCAAAUACGAGUACGUGCUCGAGGUGAGGAUGACCCCCAUCCAGUGCAAGCUGUACCAGUAUUACCUGGACCAUCUGACAGGUGUAGGUGGUGGCAAUGAAGGUGGAAGAGGCAAAGCUGGAGCUAAACUAUUCCAGGAUUUCCAGAUGUUGAGCAGAAUCUGGACUCACCCUUGGUGUUUGCAGCUGGACUAUAUUAGCAAAGAAAAUAAGGGCUAUUUUGAUGAAGACAGCAUGGAUGACUUCAUAGCCUCAGAUUCCGAUGAAACUUCCAUGAGCUUAAGUUCAGAUGAUUAUGCAAAGAAAAAAAAAUCCAAGGGGAAAAAGGUGACGAAAGAGUGUAGCUCAAGUGGCAGUGGCAGUGAUAAUGAUGUUGAAGUCAUUAAAGUCUGGAAUUCAAGAUCUCGUGGAGGAGGGGAAGGAAAUGUAGAAGAUCUUACAAACAACCCAGCAUCAACAAAGUCAGAUGAAGGCAAAGCUACAUCCUCUUCCAAUCCUGGUAGCCCAGCUCCAGACUGGUACAAAGAUUUUGUCACUGAUGCAGAUGCUGAGGUGUUGGAACAUUCUGGGAAAAUGGUGCUGCUCUUUGAAAUCCUCCGAAUGGCAGAGGAGCUGGGAGACAAAGUCCUAGUGUUCAGCCAGUCCCUGAUAUCUCUGGAUUUGAUAGAAGAUUUCUUGGAGCUGGCUAACAGGGAGAAAUCUGAGAGAGAUCAGGCUCCUAUCUACAAAGGUGAAGGAAAAUGGUUCAGAAAUAUUGAUUAUUAUCGCUUGGAUGGCUCAACCACAGCUCAGUCCAGAAAGAAAUGGGCUGAGGAGUUUAAUGAUGAAACUAAUGUGAGAGGCCGCUUGUUUAUCAUAUCCACUAAAGCAGGUUCCCUGGGAAUAAACCUGGUGGCUGCUAACAGAGUCAUCAUCUUUGAUGCCUCCUGGAACCCCUCCUAUGACAUCCAGAGCAUCUUCAGGGUGUAUCGCUUCGGGCAGAACAAGCCUGUGUUUGUGUACAGGUUUUUGGCUCAGGGAACCAUGGAGGACAAGAUCUACGACCGGCAGGUGACGAAGCAGUCGCUGUCCUUCAGGGUGGUGGACCAGCAGCAGGUGGAGCGGCACUUCACCAUGAACGAGCUCACCGAGCUCUACACCUUCGAGCCAGACCUGCUGGAUGACCCCAACUCCGAGAAGAAGAAGAAGAGGGACACCCCCAUGCUGCCAAAAGACACCAUCCUGGCAGAGCUGCUGCAGAUCAACAAGGAGUACAUAGUUGGGUACCACGAACAUGAUUCACUCCUGGACCAUAAGGAGGAAGAGGAACUCACUGAAGAAGAGAGGAAGGCAGCCUGGGCAGAAUAUGAAGCAGAAAAGAAGGGCAUGACCAUGCGUUUCAACAUGCCCACAGGGACCAACACAAUGCCCACAAAUUUCAACUCUCAGACAUAUAUUCCUUACAAUUUGGGUGCUCUGUCAGCAAUGAGCAACCAGCAGCUGGAGGACCUCAUUAACCAAGGAAGAGAGAAGGUAGUGGAAGCAACCAACAGUGUGGCUGCAGCAAGAAUCCAGCCCCUUGAAGACAUCAUUUCAGCCAUAUGGAAAGAAAACUUAACCCUGACGGAGAGCCAGGUGCAGGCCCUGGCCCUGAACAGACAGGCGAGCCAGGAGCUGGAUGUGAAGCGCCGAGAAGCCAUUUACAACGACGUCCUCGGGAAACAGCAGAUGUUAAUCGGUUGUGUCCAGAGGAUCCUGAUGAACAGGCGGCUCCAGCACCAGUACAACCAGCAGCAGCAGCAGCAGAUGUCCUACCAGCAAGCAGCCAUGGGCCACCUCAUGAUGCCAAAGCCUCCAAAUUUAAUCAUGAAUCCUUCCAGCUACCCAGCCAUAGAUGUGAGAGGAAUGUAUCAGUCAGUGUCUGGUGGGAUGCAGCCACCACCCCUACAACGAGCACCACCCCCAAUGAGAGGCAAAAAUCCAGGGCCUUCCCAAGGGAAAUCAAUGUGAUUUUGCACUAAAAGCCUAAAGGAUUGUUAAAAUCAGAGAAAGAACUUUUAUUUUUUUAGGAAUCAAUGGCCUAACAGAACUCAACUGUAAAAAAAAAAAAAUUGAAAAGAAUAGUUUGGUUGCUCCCCUUAAAUACCAUGUUCCAUAUUAGUGUUUCAGCUUUGUUUAAAUAGGUCACGAUGUUUUCCCUGUUGUCAGUGAUGUUGCCUAGAAUCUUCUUACAUAUGUUGAGUACAGGAGAUAACAAGUUGUUUUCAGUGAAAACAAGUCCUCCCGUUACAGUAGCAUCUCCACAGGUUUCCUGUCUAAACUCCUACGCUUGCUUUUCGUGGCUGCAAAGCUUUGGGAAGCUUAGGAAGGACUGCAGGUCUGUAAGUUCAGUCUGACAUGUGUGAAUUGAAAACAGCUGAGUUCUUGAUUAGAGUUGAUUCCUCAAAUUAUGGAAUACUUUUCUGCUUACCCAUUUCUUUCUAUUAGUGGGAACGUUGUAACAGAAAUAGUCUAGUUUCCUUCACGGGUCAUCUGUGCUGAAUGGAACAGGAGCUGAAAAUGCUCUCUGAAACAGAACUGAGUGCAAUAUUUGUAACUACUACUGCUCUGAACCUUCUGAGACACAGGGAACUGUGCAUCCAGCCUUAAACGUGACUGGGCCUGCCCCAGUCUGCUGCCAUUUCUUAUUUUCAGUUCCAUGUGAUGGAAUAACAGCUGAUGGUCUGGGAGUGGGAGAUGUUUUCCUUCACACGCUGAUCCCUCACUGCGGAGUCCAGCACAAAGCACAUUUCUGGUAACUCCUUCCUGCUGGUGCUACUGUCUCCUCCCAUUGCCGGCAAUGGGGGACGGGCCAACACAAUUCAAUUCCUGUCUUUUGGGGUAAGAUGGUGAUGGUGGCCAGGGUCAGGUGGCCUGUCAGGGAACCCCCUUUAGCAUGGCACAGCCAUUGCCCAUGGGAAAUCGAUACGGACAAAGUGCUGUAGCAACCUCUGGAGCUGCCAGAAGCGUGAAACAACUUUAUUGGUAGAGAUGGGGUUAUGCACUCCUCCCCAUCCCUUCACUUGUGUGAGAUCGUGGGUUGGGACACAAAGAGCUUGAUUUUGGUUUUCUUUCUGUUCUGGUUUGGGAUUUUUUGAAUGUAGGCCAGAGAUAAAUUUCAGGUUCAUUCUAUAGCAUUAUCACUCUCUUUGCCCACACUUGUUGUGCUUGUCAGGUUCUUAUUAAAUACAAAUAGGGCUUUCCUUUGCAUAGACUUUGGUUGAUCAUUUGGGGGCAGAAGUAAGUGGCAGGAACGUGGAGGUGGUGGUGUGUGGACAGCACAGGCUCUGGAGACAGACGGAGGCGGUGGCUCCAGAUUGUGCUGGACUCUUCUGAUGCUGGUGUGAACUAAAUCAUUUUGGUUUCUGGGAAGUUUCUUGCAAGAGUUUGAGUUCUUGCCCUGAAUGGACAAGUUUUGCAUCUGAGCGUGCAGAUGUUCCACGAUGUUUCGGUGUGUGACUCACGCUUGGUUUGUGGCGUGGACAGAGGUUGGUUGGGCUGCUGCAAGCCCAGCUGACAAGUUUCUGUCUUGGACUCUGAUGACAAGAUACCACAAAAGACCCUCAGUGUGUUCUAGUGCUCUGCCAGCUCUACAGUUAACUGUGAUCUGGGGGAGGGAGCAAAGAGAGACGUGUUGGCACUAGAAGAGACAAAAGUGAGAUGUUGAGACAAACAUUUGAAGGCAAAUGUACUCUGGGUAACUCACCGAUAUUCCUACGUGUUGUGAAUAAGAGAAGUACCUUCUACCAAACCUGGGAAUGUUAAGUGGAGUUUUACAGUAACUCAAAGACUUAAAUGUGGAAGUUUUAGGCAACAUUGAAAGGCACAUUUUAUUUCAUCCUGGACAAACCUAUGGAUAACAAGACUAAUGCACAAGAAGGAGUACAAGAUAAGCAUUGAAGUAAAACCUGGACCACUUUGCUUACGUUUCUCACUCGACAUUUUAGCUGCAUAACAAUGUGCUUUGAGUAUAACAUCAGGCUUUAACCAGUACUUAAAGACAGAACAUACAUCAGUAAGAUAAUAAAAAGCUCAUUUUUAUAUUUGUUUUAGAUGUUUUAACUAGAUAAAAAUGGCUUAAGAUGACAAAUAAAAAUGUUGCUUGUAAUACAGUUUUGCCUGCUAAAUUAUCCACAUUUUGUAACCUGUUUAUUCCUUUGGAUGUAAAGCGUUUUUGCUUAGUAUUGUGAUAUUGUAUAUGUUUUGUCCCAGUUGUAUAGUAAUGUUUCAGUCCAUCAACCAGCUUUGGCUGCUGAAAUCAUACAGCUGUGAAGACUUGCCUUUGUUUCUAUUAGAUGGCUUUUCAGUUCUGUAUUAAAUAUCUUAAGUACUAUAGAAAAGGUGUCCCCUCUUCCUAUAAGGCUGUUUUGUAAUAUAUAUAAGGACUGGAAAUGUGUUUUUAAAAAAGAAGAAGCAUUCAAGUAUGACGAUAUACUAUGUGUUUUCACCAUUCAAAGUGCUGUUUUAGUAGUUGAAACUUAAACUAUUUAAUAUCUCAUUUAAUAAAGUGACCAAAAUACA